AUGCCGGCCAUCCUGGUAGCCUCCAAAAUGAAGUCGGGACUGCCCAAACCCGUGCACAGUGCCGCACCCAUCCUCCACGUGCCCCCGGCUCGGACCGGCCCCCAGCCCUGCUACCUGAAGUUGGGAAGCAAGGUGGAGGUGAGCAAGACCGCCUACCCCAGCCAGAUCCCGCUGAAAUCGCAGGCGCUGCAGGAGCCGGCGGGGGAAGGGCUCCCGCUGCGGAAGAGCGGCUCGGUGGAAAACGGGUUCGAUACCCAGAUCUACACCGACUGGGCCAAUCAUUAUCUCGCCAAAUCCGGCCACAAACGGCUUAUCAAAGACCUCCAGCAAGAUGUAACGGAUGGUGUGCUCUUGGCUCAGAUCAUCCAGGUCGUGGCAAAUGAAAAGAUUGAAGACAUCAAUGGCUGUCCAAAGAACAGAUCGCAAAUGAUUGAAAACAUAGAUGCCUGCUUGAAUUUCCUGGCUGCUAAAGGAAUAAACAUCCAGGGACUGUCUGCAGAAGAAAUCAGGAAUGGAAACCUCAAGGCCAUUCUAGGCCUCUUCUUCAGCCUCUCUCGAUACAAGCAGCAGCAGCAGCAGCCACAGCCCCCGAAGCAGAACAUCUCAUCCCCUCUGCCGCCGGCUGGGUCUCAGGUGGCUGGGGUGCCCUCUCAGUGCCAGACUGGCACAAUUCAGCAACAGGUGCCAGCCACUCCCCAAGCCCCGUGCCAGCCCCACCAGCCAGCGCCACAUCAGCAGGCAAAAACACAAGCUGAAAUGCAGUCCAGUGCGUCAUCCAAGGAUUCAUCUCAAAGCAAAAUCAUCCGAUUCACUCUGGGUCAGAAAAAGAUCUCUAGACUUCCAGGUCCUACCACACGGGUAUCUGCUGCAGGCAGCGAGGCCAAAACACGUGGAGGGCCAUCCACUGCUAACAACCGGCGCAGCCAGAGCUUUAACAACUAUGACAAGUCCAAGCCGAUCACCUCACCACCUCCACCAACCACUAGCCAUGAAAAAGAGUCAUUGGCAAGCUUAGCCUCCUCCCAUCCAGGAAUGAGUGAAAAUGCACCUGCUUCCUUGGAGAGUGGCAGUCCCUCCACCCCUGCUAAUUGCAGCACCUCCUCAGCUAUCCCCCAGCCGGGUGCUGCCUCCAAGCCCUGGCGCAGCAAGUCCCUCAGUGUGAAGCACAGUGCCACUUCGUCCAUGCUGUCAGUCAAGCUGCCUGGGCCUGAGGCCUCCAGGCCCACACCUGAAGCCAUGAAGCCAGCCCCCAACAAUCAGAAGUCCAUGCUGGAAAAGCUAAAACUUUUCAACAGUAAAGGAGGCUCCAAGGCGGGUGAAGGUCCAGGGUCACGGGACACAAGCUGUGAGCGGUUGGAGAUCUUGCCCAGCUUUGAAGAGAGUGAAGAGCUCGAGGCCGCUGGCCGUGUAUUGCCCACUCCAGGUCCUGCAUCCAGCAGCCCUAAAAUUGCACUCAAGGGCAUCGCCCAGAGGACUUUUAGUCGAGCACUGACCAACAAGAAGAGUUCCCCAAAAGGCAAUGAGAAGGAGAAAGAGAAACAACAGCGAGAGAAAGAGAAGGAGAAAGGCAAGGACCUCACCAAGAGAGCCUCAGUGGCAGACAGGCUAGACCUCAAGGAGGAGACCAAGGAAGAGCCCAAUGGAGUGGCUGUGACCGAGAUGCCAAAAAAGUCCUCCAAGAUCGCCAGCUUUAUCCCCAAAGGGGGGAAGCUCAACAGUGCCAAGAAGGAGGCCUCAGCCCCUUCCCACAGUGGAAUACCAAAACCAGGAAUGAAGAGCAUACCUGGGAAGUCCCCAAGUGCCCCCACACCUCCCAAGGAAGGAGAGCGGAGCCGGAAUGCAAAGCCAAACUCAGGGCUCCCCCCUCAGAAGCCCCAGCUAGAUGGUAGGCACUCUAGCUCCUCCUCCAGCCUGGCAUCCUCAGAGGGAAAAGGCCCAGGAGGGACCACUCUAAACCACAGCAUCAGCAGCCAGACUGUCAGUGGGUCUGUAGGGACCACCCAGACCACGGGAAGCAAUACUGUCAGUGUUCAGCUACCUCAGCCACAGCAGCAAUACAACCAUCCCAACACUGCCACCGUUGCACCUUUUCUGUACAGGUCACAGACAGACACUGAAGGAAAUGUCACUGCAGAGUCUGGCUCAGCAGGUGUGAACAUGGAGCCCAGCCACUACACCAAGAGCGGACAGCCUGCUUUGGAGGAGCUCACUGGGGAAGACCCUGAGGCUCGGCGACUGCGGACUGUGAAGAACAUUGCUGAUCUACGGCAGAAUCUGGAGGAGACCAUGUCCAGUUUACGGGGAACUCAGGUUACACACAGCACAUUGGAAACAACGUUUGACACCAAUGUCACCACAGAGAUAAGUGGCCGAAGCAUCCUCAGCCUAACAGGGAGGCCCACUCCUCUGUCCUGGAGACUUGGCCAGUCCAGCCCUCGGCUCCAGGCAGGUGAUGCUCCCUCAAUGGGCAACGGGUACCCACCUCGAGCCAAUGCCAGCCGCUUCAUCAGCUCCGAGUCAGGCCGCUAUGUGUACUCUGCUCCACUGAGGAGGCAACUGGCCUCCAGGGGUAGCAGUGUCUGCCAUGUGGACGUUCCAGACAAGGCUGGAGAGGAGGUGGACCUGGAAGGUAUCAGCAUGGAUGCCCCUGGUUACAUGAGCGACGGGGAUGUGCUGAGCAAGAACAUCAGGACCGAUGAUAUUACAAGCGGGUAUAUGACCGAUGGUGGACUUGGCCUCUAUACCCGUCGCCUGAACCGGCUCCCCGAUGGGAUGGCUGUGGUACGGGAGACCCUGCAAAGAAAUACCUCCCUGGGCCUUGGAGAUGCUGACAGCUGGGAUGACAGCAGCUCCGUCAGCAGUGGCAUUAGUGACACCAUAGACAACCUCAGCACGGAUGACAUCAACACCAGCUCCUCCAUCAGCUCCUAUGCCAACACACCUGCUUCCUCCCGGAAAAACCUGGAUGUGCAGACUGACGCUGAGAAGCACUCACAGGUGGAGAGGAAUUCCCUGUGGUCUGGUGAUGACAUCAAGAAAUCAGAUGGAGGGUCAGACAGCGGCAUAAAGAUGGAGCCAGGAUCCAAGUGGAGGCGGAAUCCUUCUGACGUGUCAGAUGAGUCUGACAAAAGCACAUCGGGCAAGAAGAAUCCUGUCAUCUCCCAGACAGGCUCCUGGCGGCGAGGCAUGACAGCCCAGGUGGGCAUCACUAUGCCAAGGACAAAGCCAGCUGCCCCAGCAGGCACACUGAAGACCUCGGGAACUGGAAAAACUGAUGAUGCGAAGGUGUCUGAGAAGGGAAGGCUUUCCCCGAAAGCUUCCCAGGUGAAGCGCUCCCCAUCAGAUGCAGGCCGCAGUAGCGGUGAUGAAUCCAAAAAGCCUCUUCCCAACAGCUCCAGAACAUCCACCACCAACACCAAUAGCUUUGGGUUCAAGAAGCAGAGUGGCUCAGCAGCUGGGUUGGCCAUGAUCACAGCCAGUGGGGCCACUGUCACCAGCAGGUCAGCUACACUAGGAAAAAUCCCAAAGUCCUCUGCUCUAGUUGGCCGGUCUACAGGCCGAAAGACGAGCAUAGAUGGCACUCAGAACCAGGACGAUGGGUAUUUAUCUCUCAGCUCCCGGACAAACUUACAGUACCGUAGUUUGCCAAGGCCAAGUAAGUCCAACAGCCGAAAUGGGGCUGGAAACAGGUCUAGCACCAGCAGCAUAGAUUCCAACAUUAGCAGCAAGUCAGCAGGACUGCCAGUGCCCAAGCUGAGGGAGCCUUCCAGAACAGCCCUCGGCAGUUCUCUGCCGGGUCUGGUCAACCAGACAGAUAAGGAGAAAGGGAUUUCAUCAGACAACGAGAGUGUUGCUUCUUGUAAUUCAGUGAAAGUGAACCCGGCUGCCCAGCCUCUGUCCAGCUCAACUCAGACCACUCUCCAACCAGGGACAAAGUACCCAGAUGUGGCCUCUCCCACACUCCGCCGACUCUUUGGUGGGAAGCCUACCAAGCAAGUGCCCAUCGCCACAGCUGAAAACAUGAAAAAUUUGGUGGUCAUCUCCAAUCCUCAUGCCACCAUGACCCAGCAAGGUAACUUAGAGUCCCCCUCAGGCAGUGGUGUCCUGAGCAGUGGCAGCAGCAGUCCUCUCUACAGUAAGAAUGUGGACCUCAACCAGUCUCCUCUAGCCUCCAGCCCCAGCUCUGCCCACUCGGGCCCUUCCAACAGCCUUACCUGGGGCACCACUGCCAGCAGCUCAUCAGCAGUGAGCAAGGAUGGCCUGGGCUUCCAGUCUGUUAGCAGCCUGCACACCAGCUGCGAGUCCAUUGACAUCUCCCUCGGCAGUGGAGGAGGCCUGAGCCACAAUUCCUCCACUGGCCUGAUCGCCUCCUCAAAAGAUGACUCUCUGACGCCCUUUGUCCGAACCAACAGUGUGAAGACCACACUGUCGGAAAGCCCUCUCUCUUCCCCUGCUGCUAGCCCUAAGUUCUGCAGAAGUACUCUGCCCAGGAAACAGGACAGUGACCCGCACCUUGAUAGGAACACUUUGCCUAAGAAAGGACUCAGGUAUACUCCCACCUCCCAGCUUCGCACACAGGAAGACGCAAAAGAAUGGUUACGGUCCCACUCUGCUGGAGGUCUACAGGACACAGCUGCCAAUUCUCCCUUUUCCUCUGGUUCCAGUGUAACUUCCCCCUCUGGAACAAGAUUCAACUUUUCCCAGCUUGCGAGUCCCACCACUGCCACCCAGAUGAGCCUGUCAAACCCAACCAUGCUGAGGACCCACAGUCUGUCCAAUGCUGAUGGACAGUAUGACCCCUACACUGACAGCCGCUUCCGGAAUAGCUCUAUGUCUCUGGAUGAGAAAAGCAGAACCAUGAGCCGAUCAGGCUCCUUCAGGGAUGGAUUCGAAGAAGAAUUAUGGAAGGAAAGUUCUGUAGACAGCUUUGUCAGCCAUCCUGAUCACUCAUUUCAUUUCUCUUUCCCUUUGUUUCUUCACCUGAGAUAUGAGUUAGAUGGGAUUCAUGGAUCCUCACUGUCCCUGGUUUCCAGCACAUCGUCCAUUUAUUCUACACCAGAAGAAAAAUGCCAGUCAGAGAUUCGCAAACUGAGGCGGGAACUGGAUGCCUCCCAGGAGAAAGUUUCAGCCUUGACUACCCAGCUGACAGCAAAUGCUCACCUUGUAGCAGCCUUUGAGCAGAGUCUUGGAAACAUGACCAUCAGACUCCAGAGUUUAACCAUGACAGCUGAACAGAAGGAUUCAGAACUGAAUGAGUUAAGAAAAACCAUCGAGAUGCUAAAGAAACAGAAUGCAGCUGCCCAGGCUGCUAUUAAUGGAGUAAUUAAUACUCCUGAGCUCAACUGCAAAGGAAAUGGUCCUGCACAGUCUACAGACCUCCGCAUCCGUAGGCAGCAUUCCUCCGAUAGCGUCUCCAGCAUCAACAGUGCUACCAGCCACUCAAGCGUGGGCAGUAACAUAGAGAAUGAUUCAAAGAAAAAGAAGAGGAAGAACUGGGUCAAUGAGUUGCGCAGCUCCUUCAAGCAAGCUUUUGGAAAGAAGAAGUCCCCCAAGUCUGCAUCCUCUCAUUCAGACAUCGAGGAGAUGACAGAUUCUUCUUUGCCUUCCUCUCCAAAGUUGCCACACAAUGGGUCCAUGAGCUCCACCCCUCUGUUGAGGAAUUCUCACUCCAAUUCAUUAAUUUCGGACUGCAUAGAUAGUGAAGCUGAGACAGUCAUGCAGCUGCGAAAUGAGCUCAGAGACAAGGAGAUGAAGCUGACAGACAUCCGCCUGGAAGCUCUCAGCUCUGCUCAUCAGCUUGACCAGCUCCGGGAGGCCAUGAACAGGAUGCAGAGUGAAAUAGAGAAGCUGAAAGCUGAAAAUGACCGGCUGAAGUCAGAGUCUCAAGGCAGUGGCUGCAGCCGGGCUCCUUCCCAAGUGUCCAUCUCUGCCUCCCCAAGGCAGUCCAUGGGCCUCUCCCAGCACAGCCUGAACCUCACAGAGUCAACUAGCCUGGACAUGUUGCUGGAUGACACUGGUGAAUGCGCGGCUCGGAAGGAAGGAGGCAGGCAUGUUAAGAUAGUUGUCAGCUUUCAGGAGGAAAUGAAGUGGAAGGAGGACUCCAGACCACACCUCUUUCUUAUUGGCUGCAUUGGAGUUAGUGGCAAGACGAAGUGGGAUGUGCUCGAUGGGGUGGUUAGACGGCUCUUCAAAGAAUACAUCAUUCACGUGGACCCUGUGAGUCAGCUGGGGCUGAAUUCCGACAGUGUUCUUGGCUACAGCAUUGGGGAACUCAAACGCAGCAAUGCUUCUGAGACCCCUGAGCUCCUUCCAUGCGGCUACCUGGUGGGAGAGAAUACUACUAUCUCUGUGACAGUCCGAGGGCUUGCAGAAAACAGCCUGGACUCACUGGUAUUUGAGUCUCUGAUCCCCAAGCCCAUCCUGCAGCGCUACGUCUCCCUGCUGAUAGAGCACCGACGUAUCAUUCUCUCUGGCCCCAGUGGCACUGGGAAAACCUACCUGGCUAACCGUCUAUCAGAAUACGUAGUGCUUCGAGAGGGACGGGAGUUGACUGAUGGAGUCAUCGCCACCUUUAAUGUGGACCAUAAAUCUAGCAAGGAAUUGCGCCAGUACCUGUCCAACCUUGCCGAUCAGUGCAAUAGCGAGAACAAUGCUGUGGACAUGCCCCUCAUCAUCAUCCUUGACAACCUACAUCAUGUCAGUUCUCUUGGAGAGAUCUUCAAUGGGCUACUCAACUGCAAGUACCAUAAAUGCCCUUACAUCAUCGGCACAAUGAACCAGGCUACCUCUUCUACUCCCAACUUACAGCUUCAUCAUAACUUCAGAUGUCCUACCUACGAGUCUCUGCACAUAGCUGGCUGUGUAGGCCAUCAAGAUCCAGCUGCUGUUAAUAUCGGCAGCUUAUCUUCCCUCCCAUACAGUUCAACACUGGGCCCCCGGCUCUUCCUCUCGUGCCCCAUUGAUGUGGAUGGCUCUAGAGUGUGGUUCACUGAUUUGUGGAACUACUCCAUCAUCCCCUAUCUUCUGGAAGCUGUCAGAGAAGGACUCCAGCUCUACGGAAGGCGUGCCCCCUGGGAGGAUCCUGCCAAGUGGGUGAUGGACACCUACCCAUGGGCAGCCAGCCCACAGCAGCAUGAGUGGCCUCCCCUGUUGCAGCUACGGCCUGAGGAUGUCGGCUUUGAUGGCUACUCUGUGCCUCGGGAGGGGUCCACAAGCAAGCAGGUGCCCCCUAGCGAUGCUGAAGGAGACCCGCUGAUGAACAUGCUGAUGAGGCUGCAGGAGGCAGCCAACUACUCCAGCCCCCAGAGCUAUGACAGCGACUCCAACAGCAACAGUCAUCACGACGACAUCCUGGAUUCAUCCUUGGAGUCCACGCUGUGACAAAGGCCCAGCUAACAGAGCCUGCCCACCUCUUCUCCUCACCCCAUUCCACAUGCAUCCUCUACAUCAUCCUGAAGAUGACUUCCUGAGCCAGCCCCCAGCCCGCAACCUCCGAGUUGCAGCAGUUUCAAGACCCCUCAUCCCUUAGUAUCCCAGGCCAGCCACCCCGGGGACCAUUUCCUCCCACAGCGAGAACUGCACUAGCUCCCAUUUUACUUUCGUUCUUGUUUGCCUUGUUGCUAUGACCUCCCUAAGACACUGAAAAUACUUCUCGGGAAAGGAACAUCACUGAUGAAAUGAAAAAAGAAAUGGAAUGAAGGGUUUUGGUUUUGGUUUUGGUUUUUUUUUUUUUUUUUUUAAGAAUCCACUCGGGGCACUGAAACCAAACAGCAUCCUACCAAGAGCUUUCAGAAGACUGAAACAAAGUUGGAAAUGAAGACAGCACAGCUUCCCCUCAGCUCAGACCCUCUAGCCUGGAUCUCAAGACCAGCACCUCACAGUCACACCUUUAUGCACAGAAGAACUGGUGCUAACGAGGGCAUUGGCCUUGGACACUCUCAACACAAUGCAGAGCUGUGCCCUAGAGAAACCUUAAGAGAAAAUACAUCGUGCUUUUCUGUUUUUAUAAAUGGUGCUCUCCUUCCCUGAGAGGCAUUUUACCUGUUCCAAUUCAGUCCCCACUCUCGGGCCCCAUCAGCCCGGGAUGGUCAGUGAGAAUGCGUGAACAAGUGAGAAUGUGAGUGAGUGAGCUGCUUCUGUUUCCUUGAUUAUGUCUAAAUGAAUCAAAUUUUGUUUCUUCAAACACUGUGUGUAGUGAAAACAGUUCUUCUGGCGAGAACUGCUUACCCCUUUAAAAUAGAGUUGAGUUCCCUCCUUUCUGACUCAUUGCUUUUGAAGACCUUCCCACCCCUCCAUCCCCUAAUCCCCACCUUGAUCAGAAUCAAUCCUUUGGUGAAAGUAAGAGCCCUAGGAGUUGAGUUUUGGUUUGGUCCUGGUAAGUUUUGGUUUUUAGUUGUCCAUCUUCUCAGUCCUACACCCUCCCCUCCUCUUGCUGGGGCCAGGGAUAUUUGUGUCCUUUCAAAUGGAUGAGGACUGGUCCUCAUGUGGGUGAGCCACAGACCUUGCCUUUCCUUCUCGUCUUUUGAGGGCUGAGAAUGCACUUGGCCUCAAGCUCCUCAGCCCCAGUUUUAGGCGGGGUGGUGAGGUCACCUUGCAAAAGACUUGCACUUUCUUCAGAACCAACAUGGCGCAGCUCAGUAAGGGAGGGUGGCCAUUCCCUCCCGGAAGUCCAGCCCUGCCCUCCGUCCUGACGAGCCUUGCCUGACCUCUUCGGUGCUGACCUUCCCAAAGCGAUGCCUUACUGGUUUUGUACUCACCGUGUUCAUUCACAUGAGUGUUGUGCCUGCCUGGGGUUGGUGUGUGUGUGUGUGUGUGUGUGUGUGUGUAGGGGUGUGUGUGUAUUAUGUUUUCCCCAUCAAAGCAAACAGGGCUAAAAAGUCAUCUGUUCAUAAGAACUCAAGUUGUUGCUGUGAUUUCUCAUCCAAAAGAUUCAUCUGUGCGGAUGCGUGACCAUGGGAAAAAGAAAAAGGAAAAAAAAAAAAGACUUUUUUUUUUUUUUUUAAAGUUUUUGUCAUUUCUCCAGCUAACUACCUGACUGGACAGUAGUGUGUCUCAUGCAGGAAAAGGCAAAAGUUCCUACAAAUCCACAUGACCCAUUGCCCUAACAGAAACCCAAUCUGCUGUGUCUUCAACAUUCUGGUGUUUGCUUUACUGAGUGUAUACACCUUUCAGUUGUUUAUUUCUGUUUUCUAAAGAGAAUCUUUAUCAGGCCCUAGUGAGGGAGUCUGUUAAUGAUCAGGGUUUUUUAUUCUAUCCGUUGAAUUUUCCAUUUCAGAAGAUUUGUCUCCGCAUUUUUAUUUCUUAGCAUAAGAGCUUGACCUGAAACUGCCCACCCCACUUGGAAUGGCACCAGAUCCUCCCUCUGAAAGGAACCCAGGAUGUGUCUCCUUAACUGGUGAAUAGAAAACCUUUCAAUACGGCCCCAGCUCAAAUUGUGAACCCACUCUCCAGCUCAGCUUUCAUGACUCACCUGGGUGUGAGUGUGUCUUGUUCUGUUUUGGUUUUUAAUACAAUUCUUAAGGCAUAUAGUUAGCCUAUGAUUGGAGGGACCACACCCAAAGCCUUCAGGUAACCCUACAGCGUGGCUCUUCUCAGUCUGUCUCCCAGCCAUGAUCUUACCCCCUCAUACUGUGAAUUUGGGAGGAGGUAAAAUUGACUUCCUUGUGGGCAGUUUUUUCCCAGUCCCCUUUGACUGCCAAUAGUGGUUGAUUUUUUUUUUUUAAUGAUAUCCUUCCCUCUCCCAAUUCCCAGACUUCCUCCCCCUGGGUCCUGGUGCUUCCUGAUAGGUGAACAGUGACUCAAGUGGCACAGGCUUGUGCCAAUCACAGCUCUGCUUCCUCCCUAAGGUUUUAGGGAGCAGGGUUGCCUAAUAUGCCUAUUUUUUAUUUGACCCUAUUUUUUUUUCUUUAGUGUCACUCAUCUUUGACAAAGUGACUCUGUACUCAUUUAGAGUUCUGUUUGAAAUGCUUCCAUUUGCCUUUUUCUACAGUUAGGCUAAUGUUGAAAUGUAUGAAAUUCUAUGCAACGUUUAUGUGGCGUUACUGAUGGAAGCCAAAAGUUGUUGUUGUUGUUGUUGUUGUUCUCUCUCUCCUUUCCCCAAACUGCCAACAAUUAUACAGGCCAUAAAUGAGAUGGGGAAAGAUCUUUUUAAUUUUAGGGUUGGGGGGGUGGGGUAGGGGUAGAAUAAGGAGGAAGACUUGCCCAGACCUUCGUUGUGUCUUGAAGACAUUUUUUUAUUUCUUCAAAAUUCUGUGUAUUCAAAUUUGAUGGAGGCGAAUCUACUUCAAAAGGAAAAAUAAUCCAACUUCAUUGAUAUUGAAUGGAAGGUUUGCUGUUUUGACCUAGUUGUUUCCAGUGGAGCAGUUUAUGAAAUAUGUUCUAUAAGAUGUACAUUUUUCAUUGUAACAUAGAAAUUGUAAAUAAUUGAUUAAAGUGCUGCAUUUUGAUGAAUUUUUUCUAGCCAUUUUUAAAGAGAAAACUAGGAAUUGAGUAUUUUGUGUACGGUAUGUCUCCAUCUUCCCUUCUUCCCACCUUCCCUUCCUUCCUAUUUAAUUUUCAUUGGUCAUGAGGUUUUGGAUUUGCCAAUGGUCUGCUGGAGAUCAUGCCCCACUUCAUAGAGAAUAAAGCUGAUGAUUGUACCAGUCUUAAAUUAUUCAUGAUUCAAUAAAAUUGAUGCUUAUUUAUUCA